UGUUUAACCACGCGUCUCCCUUUUCAAGUUUUUCAUAGUCAACUUCUUUCAACCAUUACGGAAGAUUAAGAAGGCAGCAUGUCUUUACGUCUAAUAUGCUGGUUAUUUUGGUGCCUCGUGGUCCAUUUCGUCUUCAUUUCAGAAUCUGAAGCCGCUCUUGGAGUUUCUGCAGACCCUUGUUCUCCCGAUCCAUGCUGGAAUGGGGGUGUUUGCGCCGCAAACGGGUCUGCUUUCAUCUGCAACUGUCAACAUGGAUUUAGUGGCCAGAAAUGCCAACUGCGAAGUACAGAUUGCCCAGUAAACUCGUGUGUAAAUGGAAUCUGUAGACUGGAUAAAGCUGGGGCACCACAAUGCUUCUGUACGCCUGGAUUUGCUGGGAAAUUAUGCGACAUCAAUCAAGAUGAGUGUGCUUCCAGUCCGUGCAAAAAUGGCGCUUUGUGUGUUGACGAAGUGAAUGGUUAUAAAUGCGUUUGCAAAGACGAUACCUAUGGCCAUCACUGUGAAAUUCAUCAAAGUGAAAUACAGCAGUGCAUAGCGCGAUGUGAUCAAGAACCUUGCUGGCGAAAUUACUCGUUCUCCGUGCCAGUUCUUUGGGGAUAUGAAGAGAGCAUUUGCAGUACGAAACAUUCGUGUUUCGGUGGCGAGAAUGACACGGAAGCUAACGUUUAUGACACGUUUGUAGAGGUACAGUUAAUGCCUUUACAGAUUCAAGUUGGAGACACACUUAAUUUUACGGCUGACGAAGAAAUCGUCGCUUAUGCUGGUGGAUUUGUACCCCAUCAUGUGGUUGCUGCGGACGGCGCAAAAGCAUUCUUAGGCUGUAACGAGAGUAAUGGAAUUCCUCUCGUACAUAAACCAACCAACAGCGUUGUAGUCGACGUAGACGUUCUCAAGCUCGGUAUCAACUAUUUUAUCGCUAAUAUUGACUCAACAUUUCGCUGUGACUUUGGUUUACGUUUAAAUGUGAGUGUUAAAGAGAACAAUUGCAAAGCUCCCUCUUCCAGCGAGAUUUGUUCCAGCAGAGGGCAAUGUACUACAAACUUUACAACCCCACAGUAUCGCUGUAAGUGCUGCGGCGGGUUUAGAGGGGAAUUUUGCGAAAAAGUAGACUAUUGCUUCUCAAAACCGUGCAAAAAUAACGCUACUUGUCAAAAUAUGGAAGGUUCAGCUGAUGGUACUACUCAUGUAUGCAUUUGUCUACCAGGCUAUGAGGGAAGGGAUUGCUCCAGGGUAACUGAUAUGUGCGUGUCUGUCCCAUGUAUGAAUGGAGGGAGAUGUGUACCCAUGGUGAAUAACUUUACGUGCCACUGUCCAAGAGGUUUCACGGGAAGAAACUGUGAAGUAAAUAUCAAUGAAUGUGCGUCUUUGCCCUGCAUGAAUGGCGGUACUUGUCUUGACGGCAUUGGAGAGUUUUCUUGUUCCUGUCCCAUGGGGUUUACAGGUAUCAAAGGCACUCAUUAAUAAGUAACCAUGUGGUUAAUAUUUUUCAUUAUUAAUUGAAACUUCUAUAAGUUUUAAUUUUUUUGGCAUUAUUGCUUUAUGAUAUAUUAUUAUUAUGAAAUCAAAUUUAUAAAUUUUACUUCUCCUAAAAAACAUAAUUAAUGCCUAAAUAUUAGAGUGAUUUUCUUAUUAACGAUAUGCAUGUGGUUUUCUUUAGUGUAAAAUACCUGCAACAUCACACCGUUGGAAAACGGAGAGUAAACUUUUAAAGGCACAAAAUAUUUUUAAGGAACAUGUGUCUCACAAAAUUUUUCCAAAUAAAAGGCAAUAAAAAACAGAUCAAGUUAGUUAGGGUUCUAGUUAUCAGGGUCAGUUUAAAAUUCAAUUUGCCAUAUUAAAAAUUGAUAGUUACUGAUUUUUCAGCACUUCAGUGUCUGGUGCAGUGCAAAUUUAAGUUAUUUCAUAAGAAAUGGUAACAUGGUCAUGAUAAAACUUAAUCUGUUCAUUUCACCAAUUAAAAUCAAAUUGCAUUAGUGUUGAACAGUGUUAGUUUUAGUGUUUUUAUGCUUAUACAACAAGAAGAGCUAAUGGGAUGGCAUCCAAGUGGAGUUGAAAGUAGAACCACGAUUCGAGUUAUUGGGGUAAAUUUCAGUGACUUAUUGAUCAAGGGAAAAGAUAUUUAGUUCGAGUAAGAUGGGAAUUCAAGUUAUCCAAGUUUGAGUUAAUUGAGUAAUAAUGACUGAAAAGUGGGGUUAAAUCUAGGGGAAAUUGGACUUAGUUCAAGUUAGCGGGGAUUUCAAGGUUAUCGGGGUUGUACCGUACGUAUUCAUAAAUUAUCGUCAGGGCCGGGUCUAGACUUGCCCAAUAACCCCUGGCACCUUAGUUACUUUGCUCUUAGGUGAUCAGUAGGAAAUGAUAUCUUUUUCAUAGAAAUCCUGUGUUUGACAACCUGGAUUUCACACGUUCUGAGCAUUGGACUCCCUUCGAUUUUUCUUAGAGCACAGCCUUCACCCUUUAAGCCCCAAUAUCCACAUACAAAUUCUCCAAACUGAUCUCUAUACAUUCCUUUAAGAAUUAGUUAAGAGAAUUUGAUAAAAGAUCAAAGUAUUUGCUCUUGGGUGAUCAUUUUAUUAAUUCUCAUAACCUAAUCUCAUGAUAAUGUAUGAAUAUCGUUAGGAGAAACUUGCUGUUGGACAGUAUUGGGACUGAAAGGGUUAACUGUUUUUUUUCCCCCUCAGGUUCUCAUUGUGAGGUUGACAUAGACGAGUGUUCCAGCUCACCUUGUGUUCAUGGCACGUGCAUUGAUCAAGUAAAUAGUUUUAAGUGCCAAUGUUCACCAGGAUAUUAUGGUAUUAAAUGUGAUUACAAUCUUGAUGAAUGCCUGUCAAGUAAAGGCAGUAACCCUUGCCACAAUGGAGGCCGAUGUAUUGAUGGAGUCAAUAGUUACCAGUGUGAUUGUGGACCAGGUUUUAAGGGCACUCACUGUGAGAUAGACAUUGACCUCUGCAAGGAACCCAACAUGUGUGUUAAUUCAGUGUCAUGCACUGAUAAGGGUCAAAGUGUUGAGUGUGUAUGUCAAGCUGGAUUUACAGGUUACAACUGUGCCGUCAACAUCAAUGACUGUCUUUCACAUCCAUGCAUGAAUGGUGGUACUUGUAGGGAUAAGGUGAAUGACUUUGAGUGUAUUUGCCAGGAAGGAUUUGGAGGAAAAACUUGCGAAGGUUAGUAAAAUUCACCCCUUUUAUUUAUUUUAUUUGACAGUUUAUUUAUUGAAUGAGUACAAACAAAUACUGGUAAUAUUAUUUGAUUUAAAAAUUUAUCUAUUUUUUUAAAGUUUUUUAUUUGUCACCUAUUACAAAAUUUGUAAUAAGGAAAGAGAACACACUCAUCUGGCAUGAAUAACAAUAACCCUUUAAACACUAAGAUCAAAAUUUGAAUUCUCAUUUGUUGCCCCUAUUACUUUCCUACAGAAGUAGUGGGGAGAAGUUGAUAAAAUAUCAAGCAGAUUCAUCUUGUGUGAUCAUGUCCAUAAUUCUCAUGACCACUCUGUUUUACAAAGCAUUGAUAUUACAAGGAGAAAUUGGAUGCUGAUCACUCUUAGGGCUUAAAGGGUUAAAAGGAGGUUAAACAGUAGCCUGAGAAAAACAGCCAACAUUUGGCGAAGCCACAACUGGUUUCCCCACAAAAUGGCCUCUGAGAAAUAAUUACAGGAAUUUCAUACUGAUGAUGUGUCACUACCCAUAUCUGGGUGGUGCUUCUGAUUGGUUGAAGCAAAUUUCUCUUUUAUGUUUAUGGAACACUAAUUGAAAGAAACACCUCUUGUUUUUAUGUCAAAUGCAGAUAUGGCAGGUACCAUUCCUUCUGAAACAUUUCACCAACAGUUAAGCCUCAAGUUGAUGACUGAAGACUGCAAACUCCUGCUGGCACAGGUAAUACAUGUUUUACGAGGGAGAAAAAUUCACAAAUCUCUUCAAGAUAAUCGCUGUUUUAUUCUCUCUCAAAUCUGCCAUUAACUAGGUAAAAGCUAAAAAUCUCUUUUAAUAGCCUGCUUGUUUCAAUAUGAUAUUCUGUAUUAGUGGACAUUUUCAUGUACGGAGAUAUUAAAAGCAAAAACCUAAGAUAACAGCAGCUAUGGAAAGUGAUCAUAAUUGCUUUUACGUGAUUUUGAGCAAACAUAUCUUAUAAAACUGGCAAUUUUAUUCAACAGGAAUACGCACGUACUGAAUAAAUUGUCUAUUGCAUAAGUUUUUGCUUAUUUUACAAACAACUUUCUUCCCUGAUAGAGAGAGGCAAAAUUUACCAAAAGAAAUAAGGGGAGAAAUAUCCUCACCCCCUUGGUAGUUACAAUUAAACGAACCAAUCAACUUAAUUUGCAUCUUUGUAAAAAUAUCAACCAAUCAGUGCUCGAGGGUCAGAUCCUGACCCUGUUGUCUGUAUGAAAGUGAGAUUCGAGGCCAAGGUAACCAGAGAGUUUUCUCUCUCUCCUCGAUGCUUUGCAGCUCACUCUCUCUCCUUCCUGAAGGAAAACUUCAAGAAAAACCUCUGGGACCAGGAUACCGUUUUUAAUUCUUACAACGUAAAUAUUGUGCACAUGUCAUUAAUUUUCUUGAGUAUAAAUUCACACUUUUGCACAAACAUUCAUACAUGGAUUUCUUUUCCUUUAUAGAGAGUAAGUGACCCCUAGAAGUAAAAAUUAAGCCAUAGUAUUAGAAAGGAUCACCUACAUGAAUAAUUGUACAUUUAUGUCACAGUUCAGGUGUAAAUUGAUGCAUCUCAAGUCAGUAAUAAACCAGUAAGGGUUCCCUACUUGGAUUUAGCCCACUGACUGAGGAAUGCUUUUUUUUUUCAAUUCAAAAUUGGAAUCAUCUCAAGGCUGAAUCCCCGCCUUUAUUUUAAGUUGACUGAAUUUCUCUGCGUUCUUUUACCAGGGAGCUGUUGCAGUUUCUCGUAUCAGCCAAGGAGUGACCUCUAGCAUUGCCGAGGCUUGCAACUGUAGUUAUAGUGUUGCAAACAUUGUGGAUGGAUCUGUGUUACUUCAGUGUAGAGACAGUAUCAGUGCAGAAGUAAGCAUGGAAAUCAAACCUGUUAAGGGUCAUUCAGUGAAUCAGCUCAUCUGCCAGUUUCAUAACCUGCUUAUUGAACACAAGAAUGUCAUUGACUUAGGUAAGUUCCUUCCAAGGUGUGCCUUUUUAAUCAGUAGUUGGAAGCAAGAUAGAAAGAAUUGAACCCAUCGACAGUAGAUGGGUGUGGCAAUGGUGCCCUGUCAAACUGAGGGAGCCACUAGCAAUCCCAGAAGGUAACCAUGACAACCCUGUUAGCGGCAGGUCCCCAGGGUCUCUCAGUUGGGGUCUCUUUUUCUGGUGAUUUCGCUGUACUAAUGACAUCAAAGCUAGCUAGUUAUGAAAAAUAUUAUUAGCUGUGAGAUUUGAGCCAAUCAGAAACCGAGAAAUAUUUUGAAUAAAUAAUUAUAAAAAAUAUUAUUAUUCCUUAAAUGAUCUAAAAGAUACCUAGGGGUGUUUAAUAGAUAGGUGCCAUUUACUCUCAUAACUGUAACUCCACAAAAUAACUCAUAACUCCACAAAAUUAAUAUCUUUUCGGUGAAUAUAUCACCACAGUGUAUAGAAUAAUAGUAGACUAUCCAUUGAUAUGUCUAUGCUGUUAAGAGAUCCAAAUUGUUUUUUAAAAGCUCAGUGUUGAUGUCUGAAUCCUUACUUAGAACUUGGCAUUGAACAAAAUACAAUGCACCAACUGUUGUUAAGCAAACACGAAACUGAAUAAAUUGAAUGAUUUUGCCCUGUCACUAUUUCGUAGUAUUUUGGAUAAACUGUCAUGUGGGGCGUCUAUUGGACAGGAGACGUUUAUUAGAGAGGGGCUUUUAUGGCAAAAUCUAAGAGUGUAUUGGUGGGGUGGGGGGUUGUUUAUUAGACAAGACUGAGGCUUUUUUUGAGAGAGGAUGUCUAUUAGAUCAAUUAUGGUAUUUUAAUUUAGUAGCUUCACAUGUCAUUUUUCUUGUUUUCCCUUACCAGGUUACAACACAUUUGCCGUUAGAGUGCUUAGUGACCUUUCUUCCUGUGGUCACUUAAAGCAACAAGAGAGUGUGGUAAAUAGCGAUGUAAAAGAAUAUGAUGGAGUGAGCAGUUCCAGAAACUUGGCUGUGACGGUUUCUUUAGUGUGUGCAGCUGUAGGCCUCAUAGCAGCAGCUGUUGUUGUGUGUUUGAAGUGUCGCAGAGCACGUCCUCCAAUUAAAAGACACUCAUCCAAGUAAGUGGUACUUUUUUGAUACUACAGCAUGGUCAUCAGACCCAACAAAUGCCCUUUAAGCCUUAAGAGUUAUCACUAUUGAUUUUCUUCCUUGUUAUAUCUUUGCUGUGUAAAGGAGAGUAGUCACGAUUAUUGAUUAUUAAGGAUAAAAUCACAGCAACAAAUCAACUUGAUACUUACAGCUGUUUCGGAUAACACAUGACGUGCAUUGUCAAAAAAGUUUGGGGAUUUUGGCUUUUUCUUCUAUGUCAAUCAAACUGUUACCAUAGCAUCCAAUCCUUGCGUGUCAAAUAAAGGCAGCAAUAAUGAGCAGAAGCUGCAAAAUUAAAUGUUUGCGGGAAAGUGCUGAUUUGUUUUCACUCUCCCAUAUCUGUGUUUCUUGUGGAUUUGGAAGCUAGGAACAACUUCACCUUGGGAAUCUAAACUUGCCAUGUUUCAGUAAGAAGGCAAAAAAACUUAAAAGCUAAAAGGUGAAAACUUAACAUCACACAAAAGAACAUCGUAGCACAAAUCCUCCCGACACACUACACAAAAUGGAUCGACAUCCACAAAUCGCAAACCAUGAUCUUUUGAACCGGUUGAAGUAAAUUUCUGUUUCCUAAGAGGUCUGUGAGCAAGCACCGAGCCUUCAGAUUUUGAUCGAUGUCGCAGAAAAACCCAAAGUCCAAAGACGUUUUUUAUAUCACAGGUCGCGUGUUAUCCGAAACAGCUGUAAACAAUAUUUUCCUACUACCUCUGAGUAGAGGAAUUGUAACUAGACACGUGAAAAUAAAUAUAUUUAUGUUAGGGUUUAUAGGGAUAUGCCCAUUUUCUCCCCUUGGUAAUCAAUUUAGUAAUUGUCAUAACCGUUACUCUUAAUGAUCUGCUGAUGUUGUUAGGAGAAAAUUGAUGUUGGUCACUCUUAGGGCCUAAAGGGUUAAGAGCAUCAGUUUUUAUUCAUCCCUUAACAAAAUCGUAAUAGCCUUCUCUAUUCAAUAGAGCCACAGUCAUUAAAAACAAGUUGAAUUACAUACUUUUUACUUAGGUAUCCUACUGACAAGUCAUUGCAUUAAGAAUAGUCUAUGACUUCAUUUAAAGUCUGCUAGUUAAAUUAAAACAACUGACACUGGAAACGUUUUUACCUAACAGGGGAGAAAACCAGAUGAUAGAAGAUUUGAGUGCUGACUUGCUGUCCGCUGUUGCUCCAACACCAAAGUCAAUGUACCGCACAAGCGGUGGCUAUCACAAUGUGGCUUUUUCAGGAAGAUUUAACCCUGAAAACCCUGUCAAGUCUCGAAAAGUGUAAUGUUUACUUUUUAAUUGUACAUAGUUUUAUCCUAGGGAAAACAAACCUAUGGUGAGAAAAGUGCUUUAUUUUCCAGAGAAAGGUUUUAGUACAGACAACAUUCUACAGGUCACUGGUUUAUUGAUUUAUUUUAGAUGCUGAUAGAGGAGAGACUUUUGAUCCUGUUUACUUUUGCAUAGGCUCAUGAUGAUAGGCUUUCAAAAUCCGCCAAUUUGCAAGUGCCUUUUGAGUACUGUGUUAUUUUAACAAUUGGUGUGUGUGUAAAAUAGAAAUGCAAUAGAUUCUGUUAGGUUGACAUGGUGUAGAAAGGAAGUAAGAUUGAGAGAUGAAAGUUGUCCGGUUCUCCAUUCAAGUGAUUAAAGGCUCAUUGAAUUCUAGCAACUCACAGUAAUCUAGGAAGAGAAAAUGCAUACUGGUCAAUUUUUUAAUAUCAAUUUUCUGUUCAUAGAAUCAGCUGAAAAGUCACAUGUUAUCAGAGUUGCGUGUUUACUAGGUUAUAAAUAAUGUAACUUAUAAUAAUUAUUAUAAGCCUGUCAUAAAUGCAUACAAGGUUUUCUUAGUUAAGUUUAGCUGGGAACAUUGCUCAGUAAACUUUAUGUUUGGCCAUGGGGGCGGUCUUAGGCUAUUUCCACGGACAUUUUUUAAACCGCAUAUGCUUUUACAUGAAUCGGCCUUCCUUCCACACGAAACCAGUGAAUCCGAAUCAAAAGUAAGUCAGGAUUCGAGUGGACGUGGCCCUAAUAACAUGCAACGUGACUCAUGUCAUGGUUGUAGAUAAAAGAAGGUGGUUAAUCAUCAUUGAAUGAAUCAAGUUAUAUUUUAGGCUGUUACAGUCUCUGCUUUGUUCGCUUAAUUUCAAAGGACUGCAAUGUCAAGAUUAAACUGCUGAAUAUUGUUUUUCAUAAUGUAAAGUGCAACAACGUCAGCUCAAGAGAGUCAAACUGAAAUUGCAAACAAUUUGACGCAUUCUGAUGUUUUGAGUUAGGUCGUCUGGCUGGGAACAAAAACUUACAUGGUCCCGAACGACCUGGCUUUGUCCCUUAAUUAUAUUUGUGUCCGGUUUUGGAUAAAGUAUGAAAAGUUAUGUUGAAGAUAUUUGAUUCAACAUAAUUUAAUGAUCUACGAAUUUUCAUUGGCUAUUAAGUCUCGCGCCACUUUCUCCACCAAUAAGAACGUAUUUUCUUGCGUUGGAAACAUGCGGUAGGUUUGAUUGGUUCAUGGUAUUGUCUACGCCUGUUGUGGUUGGUUGAUUUAGGUUGGUUCUUUUCAAAACAAACGUGCAGACUUUGACCAAUCAGAGCAAGCACAAAAAACGAUAAACCAAUCAGAAUGCGAAGCACUGAAGUACAAGCUGCAGACGUUUAACGCGGGAAAAGAAUCGUAUCGGGGAUUUAGGCGGUCUGCGACGCAGGUUUAGGAUAUAACACCGAAGUAACAAGGUGUUCUUGACUUCCAAAGUUUCAUUUUUUUGUGAAUCGCACGGUAACUCAGGUUAGGAAGGUGGUCAUGUACGGGAAAAGUUAAAAAAACCUCCCUUUUUCGCUUGUCUCUUUCCCCCAAAACGCCUGAUACUCGGGCUACCACCUUCCUCAAGUGUUAAGUGACCGCUUUGUCGCGCACCAUGUGUGGUCGCUUAC